AUUGGAUAUUGCGGAAUUGACGAGGAGAUUUCGGGCUUCGGCCACGUCCCGUCCGCGAGGCUACGGUCCUCGAUUGCGGGACAUGUCGCGUCCGUGACGGUGUUGAGCUGCGGAAGGACGAGAGGGAACAGGAGCUCUUUCCCGAAGAGAGAGAGAGGAAGGGAUGGGGAAAGAGAGAGAGCGAGCGAGCGUGGGGUGCGGGGGCUUGGAGGGAGGGAGCGAGCGAAGCGAUGGGGUCUCGAAUUGAACGUGGAUAUAGUCAGAAGUUCAGAGCCUUUGGAGAAGAGCAGCACAAUAACGAACUCCUUGAAGAAUCGCCGGAAGGCUGUGUAGGAAUUGCUGCGGGUUGUCAUUUAAUUCCGACGGGCGAACCUGCAGCAGAGAAUCGAGGAGUGAAUUUGCCGGUCGGAAGGCAGAAGCGGACAGGUCUGCGGAGGCGUGCGGGACGAGAACAGGAUGUGGAGACGCGCGGGUAGGUGACGAAGGCAGUCAGUCAUGCAUAGCUGGGGCGAGUUAGGGCUUCAUUUCCUGAGUGAUCUUCGCUGGGACAGGUAGUUUGCAGCCGAGAGCUCGAACGACGGACCGAGUCGUUGUUCUUGAGUCGGGCGAGAUCGAUUGGAACUACGCCACUGUGUUCUCGGAAGGCGGGGUUGAUUCGUUUUGCCCAAGUUAUUGGUGACCUCCGGCUUUGUGGUGUUUAUUAGUUCGAUCGGUCCGUGUGCGUGUUCCGAAGAUUUGAGGGUGUACAUUAGGCAAGCUACACAACUCACCGUUCAUUGUACCAGGCUUUUGCUGGUGAUAAGGUCAGCGUCGUAGCUAAGGUUUUUGCUUCUUGAACGCGAGGAGAUCCUCGGCGUGGGGACUCGAGGAUACGAGGUGAACGAAGGGCGAAGUUAGGGAAUUUGCUCGGAAUUUGGAAUUUCGAUGUGAGCAAGCAGCAUGAGCGCUGAAGAUGGUUUAGAGUGUCCGGUGUGUUGGGAAGGAUUCAACGAUGCAGAGAACACUCCAUACGUGUUGUGGUGCGGCCAUUCACUGUGUAAAAACUGCGUCAUUGGAUUGCAGUGGGCUGUCAUUAAAUUCCCGGGUUUGCCCCUGCAGCUGCCCCUUUUCAUAGCCUGCCCAUGGUGUCAGUUCCUCACAUGUCGCAUAACUUGGAAGGGAAAUCUCAAGUACCCUUGCAAAAACUUUUUCCUGCUGUGGAUUUUAGAAAGCCUCAGGGGGGACAAUGUCAGGCAAAGACCCCAUAGUGAUUCAAUAGAAGGAGCGGUAUGUGGCUCUCCAAUUCGACCUCCCACGAGCAGCGUCGUGUACGGAGUUCGGCCUCGACAGCUCCGAGUGCCUUCGGAGCACCAUCAGAGGUCUGGAACAGCUUACCUCUUGGAAGCCGUGCAGGGAAGUUGGGACAUGGCUCAUUGGCAGAAUCGAUUAGCUAGAACUGUUUCAUUCUUUGUGCAGUUCACGGCGAAACUGCCCCUAGUCUUCCUCUUCUUAUUCAUCAUCUGCUAUGUUCUGCCCUUUAGCACCCUCAUUCUUGCAGUUUAUUGUGUAGUCACUGUCCUUUUCGCCGUGCCAUCCUUCCUGGUGGUUUACUUCUCAUUCCCUAGUCUAGAUUGGCUUGCCCGUGAAAUAGUGACCUGAUUAUUCGGAUCCCGUAGCACUGAUCCACUUUUUCAGGUAAGAUUUUUCUUGUAGGUGCCCAGUACCAGUAAUUAUGUGAACCCUAAACCCCAGUGCUUCAGAUGAGUGCUUAGUGUAGAUCUCACAGAGAAGCAAAAAUGAAACCAUUAAGAAUUGCUGGGUUUCACUAUGUUUUUUAUUGACAUGGUGUUGACAUCAGGUAAUAAAAGACACCUGGUCCAGUGUCUCCCUGUUGUGUUUGUGCAUUUCGCCGAGUACCUG